AUGUUAUCAGUAUGGGAAAAAAUCGGUUCACAAGAGUCAGUACUCGAACAAACAGAAAUUGUUAAACUUUAUGAUCCAUAUCCACUUAAAAAACCUAUUAAAGCGGCACAUUUAGAACAAAUUGGUUUACAAUCAAGGGAAGGAAAAAAAAAUUAUCUUCAAGAUAAAAUAGAUAGCAUAAAAGAUGGAAUAGAAAAAACUAUAGAAGACCUGGCAAAGAAAGAAAAAAUAUUAGAGGAAGGACAAUCAUUGAUUUUUAAUGAACCAAUUAAAAGUCAAUCAAAAAAGGAAUCUUGA